CUGCAGUUUACUGACAUGCACAGUAGACUCUCUCUUCUGCCAAAAUGAAAGUGAAACGUACCAAACUGGUUGAUCUGUAAGGGAGCAUUCUGUUUUACUAAUGAAGAAACAUGCACCUCAUUUUAAAAAUAUUAGUUUAUUCCAGUCUGUUUACAGGCGUGCUCCAGGCGUAUCAGAUUCCAUGGCUGCCGUGUAAAUUCAUGGAUGAAAAUGUGUUUUACAAUAAUGAGGGGCAUGUGGAGACCAAACACAGCAACAGAGAUGCAAUACUACAGUUUGGCCACAAGGGGGACGCUCCAGUCAACCCCAACGCCCUCACUUUCCUCAUCACCUCGUCAAAGUUGGACGUCCGUCGCUUCAUUGAGGGAGUGGAGACGGAGCACGUGUCCUGUGAGCUGCAGCGCUACAGCACACAGGGGAUCCACAUGCGCUGGCCCGUACGAGGGGAGCACGAGUACAAUCGCUGGUUCACCUGCAAGAUCAGAGACUCCAAAUCCCAGCUCAGCGUCCUCAGCUUCAUCCGACAGUCCACCGCCGUGCCCCCCACAGGACAACACGACUACAGGAGCUGGACCCCCAUAGAGGACGGAGAGAUACUCACCGCAACAGUCGUGAUGGUGAUGAAGACUCAAACCCCCAAAAUAAAAGCCUCGCUGAGAUCCACGCAGAAACUCGACUGUCACUACGCCAUCGACCACAAGGCGGCGAACGUCGUGGUGGAGUGGCACAAACGCGGCGAGAGGACGAGUCUGUUCAAUCACAGCAGUCAGAGCGGGGUCAGCCAGGGGUCAGGGGUCACGCUGAAGAAACUGUCCACAGGAGAUGUCUCGUACACGAUCCCCUUCAGUAAAAUGAGCAGUCAGGGGAUGUACAUGUGCUCCGUGACCGUGCUGCCGCUGUACGGGACUCAAGAGAUCAAUCUGCAGAUCGAAGAGGCUCCUCGUGUUUCCCUGAGCACCGGCCCCUCCCUCACUCUGACCGUCGGCGAGGAGAAGAAAGUGAUUUGUGAAGCAGACGGUUACUACCCCCUGGACGUGGAGAUCGAGUGGACCCACCAGGACGCGGCGGAUGUGGGGCGUAGGGUGGGCGCUCCUCUGCCCAAAGUCCUGGAUAACGUCCUGUAUUCGAGUCACAAAGCCAACCCGGACCAAACGCUGUCUCUGUCGGCGUUCUUCUACCUCAACGCCAAACUGAGCGACUCCGGGCGACAGUUCACCUGCACCGUGUCACACCAGAGCCUUAGGGUGGCCAUCAAGAAGAGCUUUACUCUCACUGUGCAGGAGCCCAGUAAGGUGAUGUUUGUCGGCCUUCUCUGUUUUGGCGGCGUUUUACUUGUGGUUAUUGUUCUCCUGGUGCUGCGUAAAACACUCACAGGAAGAAGACAGCAUCAGUGGUGAAUUAUUUCUGGGUUGAUCUUUGAGCUUUAGAUGUUUGGAGUUUUAAUAAUUGUGCGUGUUUGGGUUCAAUGGGUACUUUAUAGGUUGUUUCAAUUUUGAUGAUUAAGGAUAAAUAAAUGUAGAUUAUAUUGUAAGGUUUUGUUGUUUAGGAAGCGUUACAGAAAGCAAAUGCGUCCUAAUAAUGACAUCAGAA